GGGAAACAGCCGUAAGUAACAUUAUGAACUCGCAAGAUCAAUCAUUAGGCCAACAGGCUGCUUGGAUGGCAGCUGCUCAAGCAGUGCAGCAGCAGCAGUCUGCUGCUAGUGGGGGUUUUGCAGCAGCAUACGGGAUGAAUCAACAGCAGCAACAGCAACAAUACGCGCAGUUUUAUGCGCUUUAUCAACAACUGCAGUACAACAAUACCGGAGGAGGUCUUCAGAACAACAUGGGAUCGGCCACUUACGCUGUGGCUAAUAAUAAGGGCGGAAGUAACGCGGGAACAAAUAUGAACAAUGCAUCGGGAUUUUCAUCCGGAUCCAUGUCGGAAAACAACAACUCGGGUGCGAUGGGUGCAGCCAGCGUUGGAAUGGCGGGGAACAAAUUUUUUAGCUCUCAACAACAACAGCAAAACCAGCAGCAGCAAUCAGGAAACGAUGGAAUGGGAUUCAAACAAGCGCCUAGUCAGUUCGGUCCGAUACGGUUCAAUAUCAACAAGCAUCCGCAACGAGUGAGCCCAAUUGUAGGCAGUAAUCCUCUCGUGCAAGCCAGUCAGAUUCAUGCACAACAGCAGCAACAGCACAUGCAGCAGCAGCAACAUCAGCAGAUGAUGGCUGCCUUUCAGAACCAGAGCGGGAAUGGUGGUGGUAAAAAGAAACGCAAGAAAAACAAAAACAAUGGGAUGAAUAAUCAACAUGGGAACGGUAAUGGUGGCACUAUUUUUAUGAACGGAGGAGGAUCGACGGCAAAUAUUCCGCCGUUAAUGCCCGCAGGAUCGCUUCCGUCGCCCGGAAAUGCAUCCGCAAACUUCCCUACACCUCCUCCGGAUCUUAGUAAACCUCCUCCACCGUUACCGGCCGUGCCAGGUAGUAUAGGUCUCGUGCAACAGCCACAAGCCUCUACGACACCAAAUGCGUCGGCUCCAAAGAAACCGGAUCCUUUCCACCAUCCAACCGACGAUUGGCCACAAAGUUUGAACAAUUUCGUCUCGCGAUGCUACGCUAAGUGUAAGACGGAUUUCGAUAAGGAUCAGAUAGAUAUCUGCUUAAAGGGUCGGAUAACGGCUGCGGCAAACAAGGGUGAGUUGUGGACUAGGGAAUGGGACAUCGAACCUGUGCCAAGUGUACACAGCGAGCGCGACCAUCAAGUACUAUUGCCGAGCUUAAACACUGCAGUUCUUGGCAUGUCUCCCAGCAAGGGUAAAGCUGGUGCCAUUAGUCAGUACCAGAGUCCGCUGGGGAAUGUUAAGGGUGGUAAUCAGCAGCCUUUUGGAGGAAAGAAGCAACCUCAAAAUGCCGCGCUAUCUCAAUCAUUGGGCACAAGGCUUGGUGUGAAACCGAGAGGUUCCUCGGUGUCUCGGAAAUCACGUCCCUCGCGUUCACGCUCUCGAUCGCCAAGUCGGUACAGUGGCGGAGGUAGUCGCAAUCGCCGCAGUCGUUCGUCUAGUGAUGAUUCAAAGUCGCCGAGACGCAAAAACCGGCGUUCCUCGAACAGCAGCGACGAAGGCAGCCGUACGUCCUAUUCGAACAAAUCUCUCGGCAAGGGUAACAAUAAGCAACAGCAGCAAAAGCAUAAGAACCAGAAAAAUCAGCAAAAUAGUGCAAAGAACCAACGCAACAAUAAGUCGCAGGGUGGGUUCUACUCUGAACAUGGCCAAAUAGGAGGCGCAGUAGAAGGUGAUCUAGAACAACUGAAAAAAAGGGCGGCUCGGUUUAAUAACCAAGGUGGCAAAAAGAUACCGCCAGCAGUUGCUUCCAACAUAAUUUCGCCGUUCGGGGGUGGAAAGAAGGACCGAAGGAUGACUUUGCCGUCGGCAUCGAGAAUGUUCAUCGACGAUGCCGCCGAUCGCGAUCACGAAGACGACGACGUCGAUCUGUUCGAUUUGCAUAUCGUGGGAACGUGCCGAGAUCUGGAAAAGAGCUUUUUACGACUGACAAAAGCUCCGGCCCCAUCUGAGGUUCGCCCUGUAGAGGUGUUGCGGUAUUCUCUACAAAACGUCAAGAAAAAGUGGGUCGAAAAGCAAGAUUAUUUUUACGCCUGCGAUCAACUCAAGUCCAUUCGGCAGGAUUUGACGGUACAAGGUAUUCGAGAUGCAUUUACUGUACAAGUAUACGAAACACAUGCCCGGAUAGCGAUGGAAAAAGGAGAUCACGAAGAAUUUAAUCAAUGCCAGACACAGCUCAAAAUGCUCUACGCAGAUGUAGGAGGUGAAAAUCAUCUCGAGUUCACCGCGUACCGAAUCCUGUACUACAUAUUCACGAAAAACACCUCAGAUUUAACCACCAUUCUCAAAUCCUUGACGAUAGCCGAUAAGGAGAGCGAUAUUGUUGGGUUCGCUCUCCGUUUACGUUCGGCAUGGGCGUUGAGUAAUUAUAGCACAUUCUUCAAGCUUUAUCGGGAAGCGCCGUUGAUGGCAGGUUAUUUGAUCGAUUGGUUCAUCGAGCGUGAACGCAAAUUAGCACUCAAAUCCAUAAUCAAAGCUUAUCGGCCCAAUAUUCCGGUGGAAAUGGUCAGCCAAACACUGGCUUUCAGCAACGAGGAUAAAUGUUGCGAGUGGUUAGAAUCCUUAGAAAUUGUCAUGUCUUCUGUACCCGUGCUCGCGAUAAAAACAUCUUCAGGGGAAGAAUCUGCGGCAUCGACGUCAACGUUGAGCAUUGAUGCUGCUGCUGCUGCUGCGAAUGCUGCUGCUAAUUGUAAAAGUGCAAAAAGUGCGAAGAGAAAAGUGAUUGACUGCAAGGUGUGCAUGAACGUGCUGGCCAAUUUCUAGUUAUGCUCCUUACGAAAACGUUGUGCGAAAGGCUCUAGUAACGUGUUAGUCUUUAUCUUCAUUUCAAUGACGUUACUGUGUGUUACUAGAACCAACUUCGUCGCACGAACAAGUCGAGAAGCGACCGGUAUGUCUCCUGAUGCACCAUAUUUGUGAUUCUGGCACUUGAUAAUUACCCUCUCGUUAUCCUCUUGGAUCCACGCCGACUUCGCCAAAAUUAGGCAAUGAUAAUAUCCUUCCACAAGCAUAGCCGAAAGUUUGAAAAAGUGUAGUAGGGGGAAAUUUUUGAAUUUUCUUCACCUCGUGCGCUCGUUUCUCCUACGAACAAUCAAACCCAUGGCCAAUAGUUAUUCAUGCAUAACCAGAAUUUCAACACAAUGCGUAUUAAGACAGUGUGUACAAUGCAUCGGGCUCGUUCGUGUGUGUGAAAUAUCGGUAAUCCGGUGAUUACAGUGACUGCGGCAUGGUUGAUGGCGGAUCAUAGCUACUGAUAGGGAAUGGAUAUUUUUACGGUGGUAAAAUAGCACCUUCCUCAAUACGGAACCAACGUCCAUUCAUGUGCCAUGUUCUAAUAUCGCAUAUCGGCAGAAAGUAAGCCUCGAUUAUAACACCAUAGCACACGAUAUCCCAGGAAGAGAAGCAUUCCAGGGCGAAAUUGGAUCCAAUACGCAUAUUGGAAUCGAAGUAGCAUCAGCUCAUCGUAAACAGGCAUAUUCCCUAUUGCCAUACAUCUGUUGCAUCCUCCAAAUUUUCAUCGUCGUCUUCAGGCUAGAUUUGCCUGGCUACAAGCAACAAUUCUCUUCACACCCAACAUGAAACAACUCUUUGGCUAUGGAAAUAAUCUAGGUGUGUAAAAUCUUUUCGGCUUUUCGGAAAGCAUGUAUCGCUCCGGAAGAGAACAUAUUGAUGAAGGGCACGCAUAACAGCAUUAAUCACAAUCAUCGAUGGGAAAUCCCAUAGGACAAUAAUGCCUUCAAUCGGCGAAGUACGACGAAAUUGGCUUCGGGUGUCGUUAUGCUGUUGCUCUUGAAGUUUGAAAUCCAACCAAUGCACGCAGAUCCGAAGUGUUUUGAAAGUGAACAGAGUGUACAACACACGAAACGGUUAAAGGAACUAUUUAUAUUAAUUUAUCUUCCGUUCUUCUGCUCCACCGUGUUCGUUUUUGGGAGAAUUUUCAAUUUUUAAUUCGAUUGUAUGGUUCAUAAACUGUUUUCGUUGCAUAUUUAAACGCAAACACAAAGUACAAACUUCUCCGCGGAGCCGCUGAACCUUCAAGAUAGAUGCACUUAGUUGCUUAUUGGUGCCAUCAUUUGCCGAGCGUUGCUGAUGAUGACACCAGAUUAAAGGAACUUCAAGAGUAAGGUGCACUACUAGCAACUUUCGAAACGGUGUUCGAAUAGCGCAAAUGAAACAUCUGUUUUAAGCGGUACUGGCGUAAACGGAUAAAUAGGAGCAAACAAUGUGCGUUUUGUGACCAGAGGCUUUGGUUCCCGCGAAGAAACGGUUAUCCUUCCAUCCUUGGAGAGAGGAACAAACGGCGAUAUUAACAGAUUGUGAAUGGCAUUUCCACACGAGAACCGAUCUAGGACUGCUGGUUGCACUCAAUUGAAAAGAACCCGUACACGAAAAUUACAAAUUGAUGGUAGUGAAACAAAAACACCUGGGGAUGUAGCUGCUGCGGGAAAAUUUCCUCCAUACCAAACAAAUCCAUCCUGGGUUAAUCCUUUGUUACCCUUGAACAUUAAUCCUGUCCAGCAACUCUAGAAAACAUCCUGUCUAUCUCGAGAUAUUCUCGGGUAUCCUUCCUAUGAAAUUUCCCGUCCUUUCAACAACCAACGUUGCUAUUGUGAUCCGUCAUAUGUCAGGGUAGGUCAGGCUCAACUUCAUCAUCGUCGAUGCAAAAUCAUUGUUGUACAUGGACCGUUACAACAAACCAUUCUCCCGGUCGAUUGUGUAGGGAGAUUCGUUAAGACCUAACUCGUGAAUUCAUCAUCAUUAAUUUCCAUUCUGCAGUUUGCCCUGUUAAAUGUAAAGUUUAAAUUGUUUCACGGAUUAGACAUCAGUUUGAGAUGAACGAAUCAAUCGUAACUUACUUGUCGAUUGUUUCAUUUUGUUGCAUAGUUGAUCCAUGUGUUUAUAUAAAUAAUAUUAAAUAAGAAUUAUUGCUAGCUGCUAAUUCGUGCUGCUGUAAAGUGUAAAUUUUCGUCCUCUAUCACGAAAGCAUUCGUUAUCCAGAGGAAAAAUAAACAAAUUCUGAGUUCGUGGGGGGAGAGUUCCCCCUGAAACGGACUCGGUGUUUUACGUAUUGUAAAAACAAAUCUUAAAUAAAUAAAUUUAAA